GAUGAAAAUGCGACGGCACCGAGUGUUCUUGCUGUGCACGGUGGGUCUGUGCGUCAUCUCCUUCCUCCACUACUACAAGGCCCUCCAUUACGUCUCCCUGCUGCGUGAGCUCUCGGCUCCAUAUCCCAACAUAAAGUCCUUCAUCAUGGUCUCUGGAUUCUUCUGGAAAGAGAAGGGCCUGGCUGCCACUCCGCUCAGUCCGGCCUCUCCUGAAGAGGCACCUGUUCUCCGUCAUUUGGACCCCAAAUUUGGAGGAGGGUCGGGUCCUUUAGGAGGUGGAGGGCGAGACCUGGACGUUGAACGUGUCCUGAUUGAAAGACCUGGCGCUCAUGCCCAGCACUGGGAAAAUAAAGUUGAAAAUGAGAUUGGAGACCUACCAAUAGAGAGACAAAAUGAUGACCGUCAUGCUCUGCCUAUUGGGCCAAAACUCCCAGAAGCACCAAUAAGAGGAAAAGAACACAGGGAUAAAACAUUGGACUCUGUAAAAUCAAUGGGGGACCUUCAUACUCGUAUUCAUGAACUCAAAGAUGACAAAACACUUUAUUUUGUUCAUACAAAAAAUGGAGCCUUUUGUUUCAAACAGGGAACAGAGGUGGCUACCCCCAAGGAGUACUCUGUAAAAAUAGGAGAGGCUGGAGCUAAUGAAGUUGAAAAAGUGGGUCAAGCCGUGCAACGGAAACCUCUGGAGCUUCAGCAACAGCCUUCCGUGGCCCCAAAGGCUAAAGGGCGAUCCAAGCACAGUGGAAAGAGGCUGGUCAAAUGUGUAUGUCGGCCCGGAUGGCAUGGACCUUACUGUGGGGUGCCCACAAUGGUGUACCACUCCAACCUGCCAACCAAGGAGCGGCUGACACCCAGAGAGGCCCCACGGAGGGUGAUCAAUGCCAUCAACGUCAAUCACGAGUUUGACCUGUUGCACGUACGCUUUCGGGAGCUUGCACAGGCCGUAGAUUUAUUUAUUGUGUGCGAAUCGAACUUUACUGCCUAUGGAGAGAAACGACCAUUAAGUUUUCUGCACCUUCUUCUUAAUGGUACGUACGAUUACGUACGUCACAAGAUCCUGUACGUGUUCCUUAACCACUUCCCGGAUGGUGGUCGGCAAGAUGGCUGGAUCGCCGAUGACUAUCUGCGAACCUUCUUGACACGUAACGGCAUGUCCAGGGUGAGGGGGGCAAGGCCUGACGAUGUCUUCAUCAUCAACGAUGCAGAUGAAAUCCCUGCACAAGAGGGCCUCCUUUUCCUCAAGUUGUUCGAUGGCUGGACAGAACCUUUCGCUAUACACAUGCGCAAGUCAUUGUACGGCUUUUUCUGGAAGCAAUUUGGGUCUCUAGAGGUGAUAUCUGGCUGCACGCUGGGGAUGCUCCAAAGUGUCUACGAUAACGAUGGCAUCAAGCUGCGACGUCGGGAAUAUUACACCAUGCCCGGUUUCCGAAAAUACGAGAAUAGCACUGGCCACAUCCUGGUGCAGUGGUCAGUGGGGAGCCCCUUCCACUAUGCCGGGUGGCACUGUUCCUGGUGUUUCACACCUGAGGGGAUUUUCUUCAAGCUGAUAUCGGCGCAAAAUGGAGACUUCCCUCGGUGGGGUGAUUAUGAGGACAAGCGUGACCUCAACUAUAUUCGACAGCUGAUCCGGACAGGGGGCUGGUUUGAUGGCUCUGUACAGGAGUAUCCAUCAGCGGACCCCAAAGAGCAUAUGUAUGCCCCAAAAUACAUGCUGGAGCACUAUAACAGGUAUCGCUACCUCUUGGAAAACCCUUAUAAACAAUCACCUAGAGACAAUGAGAUCUAAGACGGGUGGAAAUGUGCUAACUAGCGGAGCCCAUCCAAGACCCCAGCACUGAGCUUUUAUGGUGGAAUGAGCUAAAAGUACCUCCACUCAGCAACAGCAAUGUUGCAAUGAUUGAAAUUUGUAUUUUGGGGUAAAAAAGGGAACACUGAAUCUCAGUCAUGGGAUUUACAAAGAGCAUCAAGAGGAUACAACCACUGGAGAAAUGAUACGAUUUCCCCCUUUUUGUUUUGCCUUUGGUGAGAAGCCAAGCUCUCUCUCCUCGCUCAUCUUUUUGUUUUCUUCAUCUGCCUGCCACCUGACACACCCGUGAUGAAUGGGCAGCUUCAGGAAAACAAAAUAAAUAAAAAAAAAGAUAUUUUGCAGGCAUGUCAUGAGAACUCUGGAAGUGAAGAGCGUUUUUGUUUUGAAGUUUACAGACUGGUCUGAUGUUCCUGCAUCACUCUUCACCUUCAGAUGUCUUCCUGCCUUCUUCAGUUUGGGUGAUCUCCUUCCAGAU